AUGACAGAAAAAGUGAUCUAGAUAAUAUUAUUGAUAAAUUAUGAAGUUUGUAUGAUACUAUUGCAAUAUGAAGGUAUUUAAAAAUGAAAAAAAUUGUUUUAGCAUUUCAAUAAAAUAUAACAUUGAUAAUAAAAAUAAUUGAUUUAUUCAUAAUGGCAUUGUGUGCUAGAGUUUUAUAUUAUUUAAAAGAUUAAAAGAAAUAAGGUUAUCCUUUAACAAUUCUUUGCUUAUUAAGAGUAUCAGGGCAAUUAACUUUAAAUUAUUUUUUUAAACCAUAAAUAUUAUCAGUAAUCAUAAACUUAAAUCUUAUUCAUACAAUAUUUUAGGAUUAAUUAAUAAGUGAAUUAAGUUUAACUAAAUUACCUUAUUUAUAUAUUAUAGGGAAUGUAUUAUUAGAAUAACAAUUUUCUGAUUAUUUUAUAAAUAUUGGAAUAGGAUUAACUUGUAUAUCAAUAAUCUUUUAAUUUCGUAGAAAAGAUUUGUAAUAAAAACCAUAAAUCAAUCCUUAAAAAUUAUCAAAAGAUUUUGAUAUUUGUAUAUCAGCAUUACCUUAAAAGGAAUUCGAUGCUUAUAAAUAAGAAGAUUUGAAUGUAUCAAAUUGUAAAAGCCCUGUUUAUGGAGGAUUUUCACCAUUAAAAGAAUUAUCAAAAUCAAUGGAUUCUGUAUUGAUGGAUGAAUAGUAAAUAAAAUAAAAUAUAAAAAUAAGCGCUUGGAUUAAGGGACAAUAAUUUAUUGUUUUAGAUGAUUAAGAUAAUAUAAUUAUACAAACAUUUAAUGUGGCUGAUUUUUCAAGAAAUUCAUUUAGUAAUUCGAUGGAUAAUGAUAGUGUUGGUUCAAUAUUAAAUUUAGCAAUAGUAUAAGGUAAUCGAGAUUUUCAAGAUUUAAUUGCUAGUAGUAGAACAAUUAAUUAAAGUAGAUUUACAUUAAAAGAGUUGAUUAAUAAAUUAAUUGGAGAUUAUGAAUUAUAUAAGAAUAAUAUGUUUAUAAUAAAUAAAGUAGAUGCUCCAUGGAUGAAUGAUUGGAUGAUAAAAAUAUUUUUAGUAGGUAAGAAUAAGAAAACUUUUAUAUUUAUUUAAAUAGAAUAAAAAGAAGUAGUAUUGUAACCUUCUUUUUAAGCAUUUUCAUAAUUUACAACUUAUAUAACUCCAAGUUUGAAUUCUAUAAUGACUAUAUCAGUUUUGGCUGAGUAAGAUAAUCAAAUCAAUAAUUAUAUGUUAGAUAAGUAUUUUUAUCCAAUAAAAAUAUCAAGUGUGAUAAUUUACUUAUAAUUAGCAAAUAUGAGGGAUUUUAAUCUUCAUCAUCAAAAGAAAUUAUUAUUAAAAAUAAGUAAUAUAGAGAUUUCGACAAUUUUUUAAGAUUUAAUAAUUUUGGUAUAAGAUUCCUCUAAAGCUAAAGGAAUUGAAAUCAAAUUAGAAUAUGAAUUAAAUGAAAAUAUUAUAGAAACAGAUGCAGAAAGAGUAAUGUAAAAUUUUCAAUAUUUUAGUUAAAAUAAUUAAUGUUACCAUUGAUUAAAUUUUGUAUUAAAUAAACUAAAGAUGAUAGUAUAAUAAUAUCUUGGAAAAUGUUUACUUAAAAAAAUUAUUAAGUUAUAAUACAUACACCAAUUAAUGUAGAUGAAAAGGAUUUAAGAAUGAUAAGAUUAAAUCUUAAGAAACAUAUACUUUAAUUUUCUGAAUUUAGUGUAUGUCAUAUGUUGGCUCAAUAUUUAUCAGGAUCAAUUAAAAAAGGUUUAGAAAUAGCAUAAAUAGAACCUUAUGGAACAGCUUUUAAAUUUACAUUAUAAUCAUUUAAUGUUAAUAAUGAAGAAAUGAGAGCAAUUCGAUUGAUUGGUCAAACUCAUUAUCAAGAGACUUCAUUAAGUUAAUUAUUAGCAUAGUAAGAUACUUCAAAAUAGAAUGAAAAAACAUAUACAUUAUUUAGAGAAGAAUCAAAUAAAGUUUCUAUGGAUCAUUCUCUUCAUUUUUCUUAAUCUAGAAUAUCAAAAUAAUAAAGUUAAAAGUUUUCAGAAUAUUAGAGCAAUUAUGUUUCUUAAAUAUCUAAGGUUAAAGCAGAUUCAGUUAAUAUUCCAAAUUCUAAAUAAAAAGAUUCUCAUUCUUUUGAUUAGAUAUCAAAUAUAUUUUAUUAAGAUGAAGAAACCAAAUAAUAAAAACGAAUAAAUUAUUAAACUACACCAUCUUAAUCUAAUUAUUAAUUACCUCAUUUCCCAGAAGCAAACAUAAAUAAUAGUCUUGGUAAUAUUGUAAAUGAAAAUAAUAGUGGAGUUGCUCCCAAUAAUUUAUUGAAUGAUGCUAGAGAAAGAGAAUAAACAUUCUUAAGUUAACCUUAAUUAACUGAAUAAUUAAAAUAAUAACCUACCUUAUCAAAUCUUUAUUUAGAUUUUGGAACUGAUCCUUUUUCUCCAAUUUAAAUACCAAUAACUGUUUCAGCUAAAAUGUAAGGUGAAAUCAUUAAAUUUUCAACAACAGGUAGAUGUUGUUCAAGAGUUUUAAUAGCAGAUUGUGAAUAUUAGAAUAUAUAAAUACUGGAAAUGAUUUUAUCCAAAUUUAAAGUAAAUUCUUCGAGGGCAUUCAGUACUGAAGAUGUAAUUAAAUUAUUAGAGACUAAGAAAAAAUGCAAAUGUGGAAAUAUUGGAUAUGUUUUGUAUUUUAUAAAUGUUGAAUUACCAAAAAAAGGAGGUUUAUGGCUAAGUAGAUAUAUAAAAGAUAAAAUGUCAUAGAAAGGAUAUAUUAUAGGAACUACUGGGCUUGUUGAAUAUUAUUCUAAAAUAGAAUACUAUCGUAACGGAAUAGAUUAAUAUAUAAGUUUACCUUUUGAUUUAGCAGAAGUAAAUAAGAUUUUAUAAAUUUCUCAACAUUCAUGA